ACGACCAGCUCGUCCUCACAGCAGGACUAAUGGGAGUCUCUGAUCAGAAGAGCAUGCUUUCACGCAAACACGCAACCAUGGAAUUGAAUCUCUGAUUUGGUUGGGGUGUAUGGAUGCAGCGCUGAAGGGUUUUGGUAAAACACAUUUGUUUGCCAACAGUGUUUCACUGGAAGAUGUUUUGUACGUGAUACAGAAAAUAGCUGAUAUGGCGUUGGAAUACUUGAGCCCUGGAGAUGCUUUUAAAUUAAGCAUUUUAGCGAGUGUUGCAAAGAGUGCCCGGAACUCCACUGAUGUAACCCACGCAGCAAACCAGACACCAGGCAGAAAGAUGGAGGCGUAUAGUGGAAAAAGAGCGCCGAAAGGAGUCUCUUCAAAGCCUGUUUUGACUUGUGUCGAAGCCAUUGUGCCUUAUAGCUGUGCAGUAUAUUUAUAACCGCAGAUCAAGGGACUCCCGGGGGCCGAGUCCUGCAGGGCAAUGUUUCCGCUGCUCCCGGCGGGGCGAGCCGAGCGUGGAUCGAGAGGGGAGCGCUACGUUAACCUCGCUGCACCGCUUAACCCUAAAAAACCCUUCGAGGGAUGUAAAAGGCCGCGUGCCCGAGAGCUCACCUGGUCACCCGUCAGCAGGUCCCUGGAUGCCCCGCGGCGCUGCGUCCCCGGCCGCGCAGGCCAGCCCAAUGGCCGGAAGUUGACCCCGCCCACCAGGAUGACGCUGCGCCAGCAGCUGAGGGACAAGAUCUCGGCGGCUUUCUACCGCCACGGGCUGCUGUGUGCCUCCUACCCAGUACCCAUCAUCCUCUUCACCUCCGCCAGCAUCCUCACCUGCUGCUAUCCAUUAUUGAGGCUCCCCCUCCCAGGGACGGGUCCUGUGGAGUACACCACAGGGGUGCGAGACUACAGCGUCCCUUCCCAUGAGCCUCAGGGAGACCUCGGAGAGCGGCCCGACUGGUACCGAGGUCCUCCGGUCGCCUACAUCCAGCAGGUCGUGGUGAAAGCUGCCGUGUCUCCGUGGGACAGCAGCCUGGUGCCGGUGGACGUGUUUCGGUCGCCGCUGGGUCGAGCCUUCAGCCUGCUGGACGAGAUCCGCAACCACGUGCACUCUGACGGCUCCGGGGUUCGCAGUCUGGAGACGCUGUGUCUCCAGGUGACGGACCUGUUUCCAGGGUUACGGCGCAUGCAGUCGGUGCUGCCUGAGCACGGCUGCCUGCUCGUCUCCCCCGGCAACUACUGGCAGAACCAGAGGGAGCUGUUCGACCUGGACCCUGACCUCCUGAAGACCAUCCAGAUGCACGAGCCCAAAGGCCUGCACACCUCGGCCACCCUGCGAGACCUGCUGUUUGGUGUCCCUGGGAAGUACACCGGGGUCAGUCACUACAACAGGAAGAGGGUGGUGACCUACACCAUCACCGUAGUACUAUCCCGCUACGACGCAAGCUUCCUGGGCGGCCUGCGGGCCCGUCUGAAGCAGCUCCACCCGUCAGCCAACUGCAGCCUGAGGGACGACCACAUGGUCCACGUCCACUUCAAAGAGGAGAUUGGCAUCGCCGAGCUCGUCCCCCUCGUCACCACCUACUUCAUCCUGUUCGCCUACAUCUACUUCUCCACACGUAAGAUUGACAUGGUGAAGUCCAAGUGGGGUCUGGCCCUGGCCGCUGUGGUCACAGUCCUUAGCUCCCUGCUAAUGUCGGUGGGACUGUGCACGCUCUUCGGACUCACGCCCACGCUCAACGGAGGGGAGAUUUUUCCUUACCUGGUCGUAGUGAUCGGUCUGGAGAACGUCUUGGUCCUCACCAAGUCCGUGGUGUCCACCCCUGUCGACCUCGAGGUCAAACUCCGUAUUGCUCAGGGUCUUAGUAAUGAGAGCUGGUCUAUCAUGAAGAACAUGGCCACAGAACUCUGCAUCAUCCUAAUUGGAUAUUUCACCCUUGUGCCAGCUAUCCAGGAGUUCUGUCUGUUUGCUGUAGUCGGGCUGGUUUCUGACUUCUUCCUGCAGAUGUUCUUCUUCACAACGGUGCUGUCCAUAGACAUCCGACGCAUGGAGCUGGCUGACUUGAACCGCCGCCUGCCGGCCGAAGCAGGUCUGCCGCCGCCGAAGCCCGGCCCGCUGCGCCCGCGAGAGGUCCCCCCUCCCCCCCGGCCCUCCCCCCACACCAUCACCCUGCAGACCCCGGCCUUCAGGAACCUCCGGCUCCCCAAGAGGCUGCGCGUGGUGUACUUCCUGGCGCGCACGCGCCUGGCGCAGCGCGUCAUCAUGGUGGGCACGGUGAUCUGGAUCGGGAUCCUGGUCUACACCGACCCAGCGGGAAUACGCGCCUACCUGGCCGCACAAGUGUCUGAGCAAAGCCCCCUGGGGGAUCCCGGGGGGGGCGGCCUGCCCCCCCACCACCUCGGGGUGGCGCCCGUCUUCCGCGGCGGCGAUCCCACCAGCACCCUCACCAUCAAACCGCCGGAUCCAACUCCCGUACCGGAGAACCAGUCUCGGGGCCACCACCGCGCCUCCGCCAGGACGGGGCCCCUCACCCAGGCUCCGCCCCCCGCCGUGCCCCAGAUCACAUGGGGAGCGGAGGACGAGGAGGGCUGGAGGAGGCUCUCCUUCAGGCACUGGCCGUCGCUCUUCAGCUACUACAACAUCACUUUAGCCAAGAGAUACAUCAGCAUCCUGCCCGUCAUUCCCGUCACUGUUCACCUGAGCCCUCAGGAGGCCAUCGAGACGCGUCACCCUCAGGACACCAGACACCCCCCUCCAUCCAUUCCCAAAGUGUCUGCCAAUCUACAGACCGACUUCACCCUCUACAAGGUGGCGGCUCUGGGCCUGGCGGCGGGCGUCCUGCUGGUUCUGCUGCUCUUCUGCCUCUACCGAGUUCUUUGCCCACGGAACUACGGCCAGAACGGCGUGGCUCACGGGCGGCGGCGCCGCGGGGACCUGCCCUGCGACGACUACGGCUACUCGCCGCCCGUCAGCGAGAUCUCACCGCUGCUGCUCAGGGGCCACAGCAUGGACAUCGAGUGCUUGGCCAGCGACGGGAUGCUGCUGGCCAGCUGCUGCCUGGCCGGACAGAUCCGGGUUUGGGACACUCAGACCGGCGACUGUUUGACCGUCAUCCCGAACGUCGGGCUCCGACGGAGCAGCAGCAGUGGCCGCUGGGAGCAGCGGGAGGGCUGGGACGGUGUGGGCGGAGCCCCGGAGCCCGAGUGCUUCGGCCCCUCCCUCGGUGGCGACGGACCGCCGGAGGAGGAGGUCUACCCGGUGCGGCGCCGCGCCGCCCCCGCCUGGCCGACUCUGUUUGGCGACCAGCCCGAUCUCACCCCGCUCAUCGACACCAACUUCGCCUCCCAGCCCCCCUCCCACCUCUGCCCGCCGCCCAGGGACGGCUUUGACUUCGGCGGCCUGGUGGAGCGCGCCUACAAGGAGCACGAGCCCCCUUCGCCGUCCGCCUACCCCGCCCCUUCCUCCGCGUCCUCCUCGCCGCCCUCGGGGGCUUCGCUCCAGAGAAGCCCCAGCGCAGGGGACGCAGCCGCCUUCUCGGCCCAAGAAAGGGCCUCGGCGGCGGGGACGCAGGCGGCGGCAGACGGGGAGAGCUCCGUGUGGGCCAUGGAGCUGAGAGGGAAUCUGAUCGCUGCUGGGAGGAGCAGCGGCAAACUGGAGUUGUGGGACGCAGUCGAAGGGUCGUUACGUUGCAUCAAUGAAGACGGAGGCUCUGGGAUCACGGCGCUCGCCUUCCUCAACAACAGAAUUGUGGCAGCUCGGCUCAACGGGUCUCUGGAUUUCUUCACUGUUGAGAUAAACAAACCUCUGGGUCUUCUGCAGUACCGAGGUGCCCCCGGGCGAGGCAGCGUGCCCCCCUCCCCCUGUUACAGCAGCGAAGAUGUGAUCAGCUGCCAGCUCACCCGCUCGGUCCAGUGCGCCCACCAGAAGCCCAUCACGGUGCUGCGAGCGGCCGCCGGGCGCGUCGUCACCGGCAGCCAGGACCACACCGUGCGGGUGUAUCGCCUGGAGGACUCGUGUUGCCUCUUCACGCUGCAGGGUCACUCUGGAGGGAUCACAGCCAUCUACAUAGACCAGACGAUGGUCCUGGCGAGUGGCGGCCAAGACGGCGCCAUCUGCCUGUGGGACGUCUUGACGGGGAGUCGCGUCAGCCAUGUUUACGGUCACCGCGGCGACGUGACCUCGCUCGUUUGCACCACGUCUUGCGUCAUCAGCUCGGGCCUCGAUGACCUCAUCUGUAUCUGGGACCGCAGCACUGGGAUCAAGCUCUACUCCAUACAGCAGGAGGCGGGUUGCGGGGCCAGUCUGGGAGUGAUCUCCGAGUCUCUCCUGGUGACGGGGGGCCAGGGCUGCGUCUCCUUCUGGGACCUGAACUUCGGCGACCUGCUGCAGACGGUCUACCUGGGCCAGAGCAGCGACGGCCAGGGCGUCCGGCAGCUGCUCGUCCUCGACAACGCCGCCAUCAUCUGUGACUUUGGCAGCGAGCUCAGCCUGGUGUACGUUCCCUCGGUGCUGGAAAAACUAGACUAGAGGGGGGGCGAUUGGACGCACUGGAGGCUGCUGUCACACGACGGCGGGGG